AUGUAUAGGGCUAAUGGGUUGAAUGCUAUAUCGUUAUAUGUUGAUUAUAACUUAGAAACUCCUAGUUUAGAACCAAUUAGAGAUGGAUUUAUUGGAGAGAACAAUGAUGUAGCACCUUCAAAUCUUGUAGAACAAGCAAUAGUAGGCGUUGGUGAUGGCAAUGUUGAUGCUAGUAAUGGUGCUUUAGUAGUUGAAAAUGUUCCUAGAUUUGUUAAAAAAGUUGAGAUUGGGAAUAAUAACAUGGAUGGUUUGAGAGGUAAUAAAGAUGAUGGGAAUAAUGAAGCGGACGAUGGAGAUCAUGAAGAGGAUGAUAAUGAGUUUGAUGAAAAAAUAUUGAAAGGUUUAUUGAUGAGUCCUUUAAUGAUGAAGACUUGUUUGGCAUACUUGUUAAUGAUGUUGAAAGGGCACAUGUAG